ACUAAAGUCUGUCUAGCGUUGCUAAAAUGUUUUCAAAGUUUGUAAUAUCUGUUGCUCUGUUAAUCCUUCUGAGUCUUAGUAUCGGCAUUCUUAAUGCAAUUGGCGACCGUGCCAAGGAUAAUGGUGAUAUAUUCAUUAUAAACUACGAUAACUUCGAUGGCGAUGUGGAUGACAUAUCGACCACUACCCAAGUGCCUAGGGAAGAGGGCUACAUUGAUAUGGAUGAGAUUGUGCAUGUCUGUAAUACAAGUUUUAUAACACCACUUUCUGUCUUGCAGCAGUUUAAUACCACGGGCAAACUAUUGGAUGAAACUGAUAGAACCAGCAUGUGCUUCAUUCGCUGUUUCUUUGAAAAGACUGGCAUCCUAGAUAACUACAAGCUGAAUGUGGACUUGGUACGCAAAUAUAUGUGGCCAGCAACCGGUGAUUCCAUUGAGUACUGCGAGGCACAGGGCAAGGAUGAGGUCAAUCCCUGUAUCAGAAUCUAUGUUAUUAUCCAAUGCUGCAUGAUCCGAGCCUUGACAGAUGCCAGGAACAAGCCCAUGGUUUAAAUAGCACAAAAUAUAUAAAUAAGUCCAUCAUUGCUUAGAAAAUUACAAAUAGUUUUUAAUAUGCACUAAAUAUAU